UGGAAACAAAAUGGCGGUCUCCAGCGUUCGGAGUCGUCGUGCUCUGAAAUUUCUGUUUAAUUCCUGGAGAAAAUCAGAGGGAAGGCGGUUUGUUUCAGCAGGUAAUGUUUAAUAACCUGAACGUACUCGGGUCUUUCCAUAGCUCCUAGUCAAUUACUAAGCGUAUAAACUACUGAAGGUCGUUUAGAGACUGCAAGCUCAUUUCGAUUUGAGCGCGCGGCUGCUUCUUAAAUCUGUUAAUAGUCCCAAAAAGUGAUAAAACCAAAACGUAAAUAUGAAAAAUUGGUAUAAUAGCCCUUCUUCUGUUGUUCGCAACCCUUCGCUUCUCAUUUCCUAGCCUGCGUAGCAAGCGUUUGCGCGAAAGUUAGAGCGGGAGCAAAAAGAAAAAAGGGGGGGGAGGGGGGGGGGGAAGAGGAUGGGAGAAGAGGAAACGCUUGCCCGCAAACCCCACGAUUCUGAAAAACGCCCCUUGAUAUUUCACGGUUCGGUUCAUUUGUAAAUUGGCAGCUCAUCAAGAUAGAUAACGAACAGAUUACCAGAUUUGAAAAAUUUACCUUGUUCUGUAAAACACGCUGCAUGCAGUUGCACUAAAAUGAAAAGAAGCUUUACAAUAAAAGAAGGUUGAAACUUUAAGUGAUUGCUUCGGAAUUUCUUGUUCUUCAUAGUUAAGUUAAAUUUUGAAUGUUAUAUGUGGCUUUAUCUCAUCAGAAACCUUGUCAAAACGUUGCAAAGAACAAUUCACUCCGCCGGCUAUGAGUUUUGCAGAGUGGCUACUCUCCAUAGGCCCGUAAGCGUCGCAAAGUUCUCUACAAUGCAUGCUUAAUUUCCAAUAAACAAAGAGAAUCUUUUCAUUUCAAAAAGUUGACAAAUCACUUGUCCAUGGCGGCUCUAGCUAGUACUGAUGUUCUGAUUUACAUUGAUGUUAUCUCCAACAAACAGUCCAUUUUUUCCAGUCAGAUAUGCAUGCCAUCAUACUCCCAAUAAAUUGGCCUUCACUAGUCUCCACUGCUCGAUCUCCAAUUAUACUUUGAAGGGACUCAGUUCUGAUCAUGAUAAACCUUUGCAGACACGAUUCAAAUAAAUAUCACACCUAAGCAUUAAUUUUGUAAUCUACGACCUCAAAUCAGAUCAGAGCAGAUCUGCCACGCACGUAAACAAAACCUACCUGCUUUGAUUGAUGUAUUGACAGCUAUUUAAUCAACACUACCAGCACUGCACCAAUCAGUAGCUGCAUCUUUUGCAUCAAUCUCUCUAAGCUUUCUUCACAAAAUAAAGCAGUUUCCACGGUCCCCGCUAGGAACGCCUGGGACCAUGAUCUCCCUUUUGACAUGCACACAUGAAAAAAAAAAAAAAGAAAAGAAAUGCUUGCAUUCGCCCUCUUUUCAACCAAUCCCCUAAACCUUCUUCACAAAAAAAAGCAAGUUACACCGGCUCCGCUAAGGAAGGCUGGGGCCAUAAACUCCCUUUUUACAAAGAAAAAAGAAAAAAAAAAAAAAGAAAAGAAAUGCUUGCAUUUUGAGAGUCUUACAGCUAAAGCAAGUGAGACUUAUUAAAAAAACAAACAAACAAACAAACAAACAACUAAAAGAGGGGAAAAAAGGUUCUUUGGCCAGGAGUUGAACCCUGGACCACCUACUUGCGACAUUAUUGCCUAGACUACUGUGCCACAUCACCAAAUGUUAAAUGGCAUUGUUAAGUUAUUAUCUUUGAAGCUUUUUCCUGUGAAAUUCUGCCUGUAGACACUGUUUAAAACUGCUGGAGCUGUAUAUAUUUAUCAUGCACAACCGAUGAUGUUACUGUGACUACCAACUGGAAGUCAAGAUGUAUAAAUAUAUAUAAAGCCGACUUGUGUUUCUGUCUCACUUUGUGAUCCACACAUAUUCAAUGCACGAUGCCAACUUUGACAAAACUAUUAACUUGUUUUUCACUAUUGUUCAUUAUGUCAUGAAAUAUCUGUAUGAUAGGCUGUUAAAUUAUUGUACAGGUCAUGAGAAUUAAGAAGUUGUCGUUUUAAAAGAUGAAACGACAGUUGUGGCUGUUAGGCAAAUAUUUGUUGUCCUUAAUGGUGUUUAGCAAAAAAACAGAUUCGAGAAUAUGCUGUUUUGAUAAUUGUGAACUUUAAACAUUUUAACCUAGGUAGAAAUGGCUGCUCUAGUUAGCUUACAAUUGUCGGUGGGAAGUCAAAGGUGGUACCACCAAGAAACAAAUUCAGGUAGUGGUUGGAGCAAGACUCAAACUUGAGACCUCCAGUUUGUGGGUCCAAAUCAGUGUUUCAACCACUCGGCCAUACAUUGCUUCCUUCUAUCUACAUGGACCUGCUAUCCCUGAUUAUUACUGAUAAUUUAACAUUCUCUCUUCUCUUCAACUAGGAUUUGAACUUGAUGAUAUGAUCAAUGAUAGUAUCCAUUCUUCAAAGGAGGAUGUUGAACCCUACAGUUUUCAGCUCUAUGAGUCCCAUAUUCCUACAUCUGCAAUGCAGAAGCUGUUGCUAACCGCAGGAUCUGCACUAAUGGCAUUGUAUAAUCCUACCAGGGCUGGUGAGGGCUCUUUAUAGUGCUUUGAUAAACUUAUCUUAUGUUUAUAUUUUAAAAGCACCAGUGUUAAAAUUAUUUUAUGUUAUUGUAUAUAAGAAGGCUUGUUUUGUCUGAUUACUUGUCUUUGCCAAGAAGUGGGUGGAAUAAACUAGGUGUCAUUAACAUGUGAGACGAGUUUGUAAUUUUCCCAGUAAAUCUUACCAGCUUAUGCCGUUGUAGGGAAAGAAACCCUAACUUUUCAGAAAUUCAAAAUACAGUCAAACCUCAGUUAACUGGACCUUGAUUCCCCAAACUUCUUGGUCAUCUGGACUAUUUCUCUGGUGCCAAAUUUUUUCGUGAAUUGCAAGAGUGACCAGUGUCAAGUCUGAAUUUGAAUUUUUCUCAAAUGUUGACAACUGUCUUGCUUAAAAGAGGAAGGGCAAUGGAUAUAUGUAUCUCUUGGAGCCAUGUAUAAAUCAAAGUGCUCCAGUUUGGUGUAGUGGUCAUGCUUAUUAUUUUUUUUUUUGUGAACAGAUAUGGUGGCCACUCUUGGAGAGACAACAGGGCUGUUAGCACUAAAGAAAAUGCACCAUAGAAUGGGUCAAGAUCCUGUGGGACAACAGAUUUUAGAGUAGGUAUUUAAUCUACCAUUGACGGUUUGACUCAUUCACUCAUUCACCCCUUAACUGCCAGUAACCACAUCCUUUGUGGCGGAUCCACAUCCCUUGAUGUUAUCAGUUUUAAUGAUCAUUGACAAUUUUGACAUCUAACUUAUGCAGGAGGAAGAAAUCUUUUAAACUAUACCCAAAUGAGCAUGAUUUAGUCAAACAGGCUAGAGAAAUAUGCAAGAAACCAUACAAAGUUGAGCAGAAAUUCCAAUGAAACUCUUGCUCCACUACCUACUUUCACUUUAUUUAAUCUAACCCUACUACAUCCUAAAAGUUUUACCAAAAACUUUCCCCACCAAAAUGAACUCUAGGAAAUGCCCAGCAAAGAAAAAAACAAACAGAAGAAAAAACAAACAAACAAACAAGGAAAAACAAUAAAAUAACUAAAUUGGGAAGAAAAAAGGUCGAACUUGAGUGGGCGGCUGUGUCACUUUUAAACACAAAAACUAUCUUGAGAAAUUUGCUUUUUGUGCACCCCUGAACUAAUAGGAAAGUAAUAUAUUCCAUUUUUAAAAAAUGACAAAAUGUUCCUUUCAUGAGGUGUGGAUACCAACAAUCAACAGUCACUUGGUACCUUGACAGGCCUCUGCCAGAAGAGUAACUUUAAGAUUUAACCCACAGCGUGCAAAGAAAGUAGUUAACAAUUUAUUAUUCCUCGAGCCUGAAUGGGCUCUAAGUCAAUAGCCCAUGAGGCCGAAGGCUGAAUGGGCUACUGACUCAGAGGUCAUGAGGGCAGGAGGAAUAAUUAUUGUUUUAAUAAAAUCCAACUAGUUGGUUAAAAAUAUCGAGACAACACGACUUUAGCCAGUUAAAGCUAGACUUAAAGCCUUUUUUUACCGCCAAAAAGCCGGCGCUUUGCACUACCAGUGGGCUAUAACAUAUAGCCUAGUAGUAGCUCAACCAAUAAGAACGCAGCAUUGAUAAUAAUUGAUUUGACUAAUGUCCGAUAGCCCGGGGCUUGUGGAUUUUGCUAUUGGGCUUGUGAAUUCUGUUAUUAACUUGCCCGAUGGGCAAGUGAAGUUUUUUUAGGAAUUCAAAUCACAGAAGAACUGUGAAAUCAAUUUGCUCAUAAAAAACGUUUUUGGGGCUAGUUGAAAUGAUGUUUGGGCUACUAAAUGUUAGCUUCAGCUUGCCCAAAUGGCAAGCUGUAAAGAUGACUUUCUUUACACCCUGACCCACCAGUUAUUCCUGGCUUAGAUUGCAAACAGGUAUUAUUUUUGCAUUGGUUAAGAAUGCAAGAAAGCUAGAGAUGUUAAAUGUAGUAUUAAUAUAUACCUGAGGUAUUAUGUCAUGAAUCUGUCAUCCAUACUGUGUAUUUUUUAUCUUUUAGAGAACGUCCACGCUUAAAUUCAUCCACAGUAGACUUUAAUAAACUCCGGCAGCUUCCAGAUGGAUUGUUUGGGAGGGAAUAUGUCAGAGGAAUGGAUAUAAAUGUGAGCUUGUUUGCUGUUCAUUAAGAUUUAAAAGAUGGGUUGUCAGGGUUUGCAUGGUCUUGAAAAGUUCUUGAUGUCCACAUGGACUGCAUAUAUGUGUUGUAGGUAAAAAAUAAAGUGAGUAUUUGGGGCUAGAAGACAAAGGAAACUCAGAAUCAAACUCAGUUGAAAUCAUUUUAACCUGAAUUAUAUUUUGACCUACAACAAACGUAACAUGUGAAGACAAAGGGUGAAUCCCUUGCAAACAUCACAUGACCUCUACUCGGAAAACAAAACAUAUUAGCUAAUUUUUGAUACCCUUAUGGCCCAGUUUGGUGAAAAGAAAAAAUUAGGUUGAUAUACAGUGUAGGUUAUCACCAAAAUAGAAGUCCCUAGUGUACACCAUCUCAUUUUAAAUAAUUAUGGUGGAACCCCAACAACUUGAACUCAGAUAACUUUAACUCCCUGCUAACUGGAACUAAGUCCAAUUUCCCUUGGAUUUCACCCCACUUUUCAGUCUUUUUUACUCGGUUAAUUCAAGCUCGGAUAACUCGAAUUCCCCACUAACUCGAACUUAAUUUCCUUUCCCUUGAUCAAAAAGUCACUGAAAUUUACUGUGAUAACACGAAUUCUGGUUCUUUUAACUCCACUUGGAUGCCAUCGCAUUAGCUCUUCUUGUUGUGUAAGGGUAAAAACACUAAAAUUAACACUGGGCAACACCAAAGUAAUUUGAUUUAAUAUUGCUGAAGCGAGCAGAUCAUGUUUUAUCAUUAGAAAUGCCUUAUCAUGCUACUGUUUCUGAUGAAAUAAGUUAAAUUUGCACUGCACUACACACUGAAGUACUGAAAAUCAGUACCAUUAAUUUUUACUAAACAGGACAAAUUUAAUUUUGCAAUCGACCCUAAUAACUCUAACCCCCCACUAACUCGAACUGUUCUUUUCCCUUCAGAGUUCAUGUUAUUGGGUUUCUACUCUAAAAUACAGCAUUUCUUUCUUAUUAAAAGCUUGGCUUACUGAACCUGUCUGUCUCUCUCUAUUUAGAAACUUUCUCCUGAUAGAGAUGAGGUAAGAAGAAACUAUUUUUUUGUAAAAUAACUAUAGUUUAAUAUAAUUUGAUUGAAACUAAGAAUAUCAUGGGAGUCAUGUCCAAGAAAAACGUUUUCUGAUGCAUUUGUAUAAUGGCACAGGACCUAUACAGUGCCAUGAAACAUAUUUUUCGGUACAAAUUUGGUAAUGGUUCAUAAAUCUAAAGUUUCUGUACCUUAGUCAGAGUUUUCAGUUUAAACACUAUUAAGGUUGUACUCACAUUUGUGCCAUACUCCAAGCACAAAGAAAAAUAUUUUGAGAACCAGCAUAGAAUAAGCACAGGCACGAGCACUCAUUUAAAGUACAUUUUUUCCUUUUCUUGUGUAGCAAAAAAAGGAGGGGGUUUAGGAGGAAUACCCUAUUGAGGAUUAAAAUUCCAUGCUGCUUUGUGAUUUAUGCACCCUUGUUUCCAGUUUGUUAAAUAUUAAGUAUAUGAACAAAUGCUCGGAAAAAAUCCAGGCCCUCCCAGCAGGAAUGGAACUCACAAUCUUUCAGUUAACUGUUUGGUGCUUGAAGUACUGAUCUGUAGGUGACUCAUGUAGAGCGCAGGUUGUACGCUUUGGGUAGUCACAGGGCUUUUUAUCUUGCGAGUACUACUGGACACUAUUCAAAGCAACAAGUUAAAUUACCUGCAUCUCACAAGCAGAUGAAGUAAGAUAGUGUUGUGUACACUUUGAACCAACCAACCGCCCAAGUGUAAUGAAACUAAAGUAGUGAUAAGUAAUGAAAAUAAUCUGAGGCCGUGUGGUAGCAAUUGAACCCACAACAGUCCAGUUACCAGUUGGAUGCUCUAACCACUGAGCGGUAAGACUGUCUCAUAUGGUGAAGGCUUGAUUGAACAUGCGAGAAUUUCUUCAUGUACUUAAUAUCUAUGCAUUUCAGUCUCAUUGCACUUGGGUAAAAUUUGAUAAAGGCACACUCUUGAUUUUUUAGAUGAGAUAAACAAAUUUCUCAGUCCAGUGUAGAAGGGCUGUAACUCUACAUGUAGUAUGGACUUGCAUCCAUCCAGGAUAAGUGGCAGUGCUGUGUGUGACUCAUAGCUGCCGUUCUAAUGAGAUAUCUGACUAACAACUUUUACCCAAAGGUAGAAAUUUAAGAUAUCUUUUGGUCCUUUAUUUAGGUGAAGUUUAUAGAUGACUCUGAUCUCGCUUAUGUAAUGCAGCGGUACAGGGAGGUUCACGAUUUUGUCCACACUCUGGCUGGCUUAUCAAUAAGGUUUGAGCACAAAAUAAGCUUUUAA